CGAUAGAAUGUUUAUGUGAUCUCUGAGAUAUACGUUAUCGUGAAGGAUAUAUGAUCGAUGAAAAAUUGAUAUAAUUUUUUGGCAAAUAAGCGAUUAGUGAUAUCAACGUAAUUUUUGAUAGAAUGCAACGUAAAGAUUCCUAUUUAAGAAUUUUUAUUCUAUUUGCGGAACCUUCGGAGUCGCAGCAUUUUAUCUAUAGUGUUAUAAAUCUAACUGACAUUGCACGGAGUAUCAGCAGCCCAACAUAUAGUAUCGCAUUGCAUGUUAUCGUUGUCAGUGGGUAUGUAGAUUUCGUCAAGUACUUUUCCAAAUUCCUACUGUUUAAUAGAUGUGUAUACCUAAUCAGAUCACAUAAACUGGAUUUUUCCGAAAUCCAGUGUUAUUUUAGUGUCGGAAUAGUGCAUUCAACAUUAACUUAGACCGCCAUAUUAGAUAAGUAAAAAGAAAAUAAUUGAGAUAUAAUAAAUUUUUCAUCAACGGGAAUAAAUCCGGGAUGAUCGCCAAUAGUACGGAGUCAUUUUUUGUGGGUCAAGAAUUGAAGGAACUCGCUUUCGGAUGGACCGACUACAUUCUAUUCGCUGGUCUGCUGGGCAUCAGCAUCCUUAUCGGCAUUUACUUUGGCUUCUUCAGCACGAAACAGGAUAAUACUACUGAAUAUUUGCUCGGCGGCAGAACCAUGUCCUUUUUUCCAAUUAGCAUGAGCCUCAUUGCCAGUCAUAUAUCGGGGGUAUCUUUGCUCAGCAUACCUUCUGAGGUGUACCAAUACGGGACGCAAUACGCAGCAUGCAUUUUCUCAUCUUUGAUCACUUGUUUCUUAAUCAUAGUCAUAUAUCUGCCGGUGUUUUACAAACUACAACUGACAAGCACAUUCGAAUAUUUGGAAAUUAGAUUCGCCAGGCCCGUUCGGAUAUUAGCAUCCUUUCUCUUCACCCUUUCGCUGGUGAUUUAUGUGCCACUGAUAAUAUACGUGCCGGCAUUAGCCUUCUCGCAAGCAACGGGGAUGAAUCUGCAUUAUGUUGCGCCGGUGAUAUGCAUGGUGUGCAUUUUCUACACGACUGUCGGAGGUCUGAAAGCUGUCGUAUGGGCGGAUACGAUUCAGAUGACGGUGACUCUCGGAAGUCUCAUUGCAGUUGUGAUUUUGGGUACCAUUGCCGUAGGCGGCGUCGGCGCGACCUGGAGAAUAGCCGAAGAAGGUGGUAGAAUUGUGUUUUGGAACAUGGAUCCCAACCCUUUCCUCAGAAACUCAUUUUGGGCUACAUCAGUGGGAAUGACAAUGAUGUGGCUGAUGUCACUGGGCACUAGCCAAAUUUCUGUACAAAGAUUUCUGGCGGUGCCUAACAUUAAGGAAGCGCAUAAGUCAAUAUGGUGCCUAGGUGUGGGUUUAGUGAUCGUAAAAUUGGUCUCCGUCUUUACCGGCCUUACAAUGUAUGCAAGGUAUCACAAAUGCGAUCCCAUAAGUACACAUGUGGUAGGAAGCAACGACAAGAUAUUGCCAUAUUACGUGCUAGAUGUAGCCGCGGAUGUUCCGGGACUUCCUGGCCUCUUUCUCGCCGGACUAGUGAGCGCCGGUCUCUCGACAAUGAGCGCCGGACUGAACACAGUCGCUGGCACGAUUUAUGAGGAUUUCAUCGAUCGCUGGAUGCCAGAGAGUAACGACAAAGAGAAUAAAGCCGCCAACAUUAUGAAGGUCAUGGUGGUUAUCUUAGGCGUUCUAUGCUUGGGCAUGGUGUUCGUCGUGGACCGACUCGGCGAUAUCUUCCAGUUGUCCUACGCUAUGGGCGGUAUUACCUCCGGUACGUUGCUCGGUUUGUUCUCGUUGGGAAUGCUAGUACCUUGGGCAACGACCAAGGGAGCAGUAGUCGGCGGACUGAUCUCGAUAGUGACGAUGACCUGGAUCAUCGUCGGCACGCAAUGGCAUAAGAUGAACAAUCGCAUCUACCAUGAAUCACUGCCGUCUACGACGGACGGUUGUCUGAAUUUGUCUAGUUUAUUUAAUCAUACAAUUGCAACGACGCAAAAUCUGACUCAAGUCGAAUCCGUGGAUGAACCUUUUUUCAUAUACAGAAUAUCCUUUAUGUAUUACACGUUAUUGGGCGUCCUGAUUGUAAUUGUAGUCGGUACGAUAGUCAGCUUCAUUUGUGGUGCUUCUGACUUGAGCGAGGUCGACCGAGAUCACUUUCCAUCAUGCAUCGCCAGAUUUAUGCCACCUAAAAAAUAUAUGGAAGUAUCAUUGCAUACAGUACCGACAGCGCUGGUAACCAAUUUAGAAAAAGAAGAACUGAAAUCUUAAAACAUGUAUAUUUUAUCUUCGCAAAUCUCUUCUCCGAUAUCACGUCAUUAUUACAGCAAAAGGAUGUAAACAUGCGCCAGAAUAUUUGAAAAAUCGUUCGAUUGCAAGUUUAGUGAUCUCUAAUAAUAUUAUAUACUAAUUAUGAUAUAAAAACUCUAAUAAUAUUAUUAUGUAAACGAAUACAAUAAAUAUUCUAUCAUAAUCUCUCUCUAAUUUCGACAGAACGAACUCAAAUAAAGACUGUCUUGAGAGAAGUUUAAUUCAAAC